UCUUUUUUUUCCACCCGGUGCACGUAACGCCAUGCUUACGGUUGACGCCGAGGGCUGGAAAAUUUCGUCACGGUAUUUCUUUGCUGUUGCUGCUGUUGUUUUUUAUUUCUCUCCACAAGACUGCAAGGUUCUCUGUGCAGCUCGGGCUGAGUGAGGGCACUGCCUGCUGUGACAUCCUAUGGUCACCGGCUGCGUUUUUAGGCUGAACUGCCUGUGCGAAAGCAGUAAUUUUGGUAUAGGAAAUAUUUAUCUUGACUGAGCCAAAGGCAGUCUGUGGUGUCUGAGUUGCAGGAGCCCUAGGGCAAGAAUUAACAUCUUGUUUGUGCUUGGAAGUAAGAGUGGCAUUCUGGUGAGAACAAUUCUUACUGUAUGUCAGUCGAAAAUGGAAAAGCCUCCUUUGACUUUUGAAGAAUUCCUACGAUCUCAAGACUUGAAGGACUGGCCAACAUAUGUCGGUUUGGAUGAGCCUCAUUCUUUGGUGGAUAACUUAAGAAAAGACUGUUCCUUCAACGCUGUCUCUAAGAGGCUGUAUGAACAUGCUCCACUGACCGUCACUUCGCUCUCAGAUUUGGAGAAGAGAAUGAACACAUGCCUUAUUGAACUAAAGAAACAUGCUGAAAGAAUCUUCUCAUUACAGUGCGGACCAACGUCUCUAGAAGAACAGCUAAUUGCCCCUGAACAGAAGAUUCCUACUGAGCAAAUUGAUUCAGAGCUUCUGACUUGGGAAAGUGAGACGAGGAAAACAAAGGUUGCCAAACGCAUUACUGAGGAGUCAAAGGGUGGAAAUGUAGAGGUCUAAAACCAAGGAAACAUGUAUGGAAUAAAUAGUGUCUUGAAAGCUGUAAGUUUACCACUGUAAAUGGUAACAGUAAAGGUGCUACUGCUGACUUACCAACGAGUGAAUCUGCCAGAUCCACAGCAGCUCGUAAGUCUUGUAAAUAUUUUUAAACUCACAGUGCACGUUAUGUUUAUGCGUAUUUUAAUGUAACUUACAGUACGUUGCAAAAUCUAAUUGUCAACAUAAAUUAUUAGUAAUAUUUUCACUUUAACUUUGCACAGAAUCAAAAUGUCAUAGCAAUUAUAAAUAAAUGGAUUGGUCAUUUCCUCUGAUCCUGUUAACAGCUAUUCUUUUGGUAUUCUUUCUCUAGCACAUUUCUCAUUUUCAUUCUUUAUUGCAUUCUGUUUUCUAUCUCUUUGUCUUCUCUGUCCUGGUGAAUCAGAUAUUUGGCUGUAUUAUUCUAUGGUGGUAGAUGGCUGUCCUUUCUCAUUGCUGCUAUAUUAACAUCUUCCUUCACAGUUCUUGUACUGAUGCUGCUUCUCACUUGCUCCCUUUCUGAAUGUUUUGUUUCUUCAAGUUAGCCAGAUUAUGGUGAUUAUGGGAUAUGGUUUAGUGAGAACUGUUGGUGAUAGGUGGAUGGUUGGACUGGAUGAUCUCAUAGGUCUUUUCCAAUCUUGGUGUUUCUGUGAUUAUUCUAUCUUCUAUCAUUUCUCCCAUGUCUGAAGUUUCUGUUUUCCUUCCUCCUUUAUUCUGCCAGUCUUUUCUUUCUACUCUUAGUCUUCCUUCUGUCCCCAAAGCUUUUCCAAUAUUUGCCUUUUCCUAUCAUUUUUUUCAUGUGCUCAUGUGAUUAUGUACUUUUGUGGAUUUAGAUCACUCCACCAUGACCAAGGUAAGGAAACUUGAUUUUUGUUGUAAAACAAUUCAGAGGAAAACAUCUGUGUGAAAACUUACAGAUUUGCCAGUCUUAAAGAUAAGUUGAAGAAAAAAAUCAGAAAUUCUUUAGUGAUGGAAUCAACCUGAAUGGGGUAAGAUGUCUGUGUGCAGAUCCCCAGCCUCUGCUGUUUUCAAUGAUACUACUCUGAGAAAUUUUCCCAACAGUUAUGUUAAAUGGUUAGGAAAAGAUAGAGGCUUCUCUCAUAUUUAUUAAUGUUAAGGAGAGAAUGUUUGGAGUAUGAUGUAAUCAGGAAAUCCUAAAUCAGUGAAAUAGUACAGAAGUAUCAGAGGCAAGGAAGUCUUCUAGCAAGUGCCAUCAUUUCCCCACAAACUUGCUCUUGUAAUGUAGAUGCGAGACAGCUGUGUGAAUGUUUAUGGGUGCAAUGCACUGAGCAACAAGGAAGAGUUGCUCUUGAGAGCUCACUGAAGGAUUUGUUCUCUACAAAUGAAUUCUUUGCAGAAUCUGUGUGUGGAUUGGCUACACACCUCUGUGGCUUAGUAAAAUGAACUAGUUCACUGUCAUUAUAUACU